AUGGACAUCCCCAUCAGCAGCAGAGACUUCCACUGCCUGCAGCUGGCCUGUGUGGCCCUGGGUCUGGUGGCCGGCAGCAUCAUCAUCGGAGUCUCGGUGUCCAAGGCUGCGGCUGCCGUGGGCGGCAUCUUUCUCGGUGCUGCUGGGCUGGGGCUCCUCAUCUUUGCCUACCCCUUCCUGAAGGCUCGGUUCAACCUGGAKCGCAUCCUGCCUACAAUAGAGGAACUGGGGUGGUCUUAUCUUUUAGAGAGCCUGAGAAUCCACCCCAACCCAGGAUCAGACCAAGGAGAGGGAAGAUCUGGUACCAAUGGAAAUAAGGAAGGAGCCCGCAGCAGCCUGUCCACUGUGACCAGGACGCUGGAGAAGCUGAAACCAGGAAGCCGUGGGACCGAGGAGGGCUAG